AUGUUCUCUUUGACUCCUAAAAAUUAAAAGAGACGCAGAAAAAAGAAAUACUCAGAUGCCAGAAUAAUCAAAUAAGGGAAAGGAGUACAACUGGUAGUUAGCAUGGGAGCACUGAUAGUGAAUACUAAAAAAUGGAAACUAUUCGGAGUGUCGAGACUGAUAAUGAAAACCCUCAGAUUCUCAAAAAGAAGUAACCUUCUCACUAAGUUAUAGAUUAUGAACAACAAAGGAUUUUAACAAGAUAAUAGUCAAUCAAGGAAAGCUUAAAAGGUGACUAAUAAGGAUCAAUUGCAUAAUUUUAUAUUCGUGACAUAAUACUUUCCAAGGUCUUCUAUUCAAAGAGAAUGUGGAGAAGAGAGAAAAUUGUUAGUCUAAAAAUAUUCAAAGUCCUUGCUAGACUAAGUAUGCUUAAGCAUCGAAAGUGAGGAAAUAAAUCCUUAUUCAUCUGACAAGAUUAUUUUCAAGAACUUAACUGAGGAUAGUGUAUUAUAGCAUGGUAAAGUAAGCUUAAAAGGAUAAUCUAGUUCACCAAACUAGUAAAAGAAAACUAUAAAAGUCUAGUUAUGCUCAUCUUUAUAAUUCAAGAAUCAAUAAUAAGAAUUCUUAAAAUUAGCCUAUGAUCAUAAUAAUGAGAUUUAAUCAUUAAAGAACUUUGAGUUCGAAGAUUAAUAAGACAAGGAGAAUUUAUGUUCUAAUAGGGACAAUCAAAAAUUGAAAAUAAAGGAAUCGAUCCCGUAACCGAUCGACUUUCUAGCUUUCUAAUCAAACAUCUGCAUAUGCAGGUCUAAGGGGAAAAUAGAAUUCAAUCUGAAUAUUCUAGCCCCCAAUAUAUCCUUUGAUUUUUAUCAAAUUAGUCAGAUUAAGAUUGCUUCAAACUAGUUUUUGCCUAGAGAAAUGAGGGAAUCUUCUGACAUAAAAGCUGGAUUUUUGUAAAUUGAUUCAGAAACAAAGGUUACACCAAUAAAUUUCAAUGAUUCAGAUAUUUUGAAAAAUGAAAUGGUGGGUAUUUGGCUUAGUAAUCUACCUGUUGAUGACAAAUAGACACCUCUAUAAAGAAUAAAAGACCCAUUAGUCUGGUCUGCAUGCUUAAAAUUUGUUAUGCUCUCAGAAAAGUUCAAUUAAGUAAAUAGUCCCUCUUCUGAUAAAAAUACUUUUCUGGUCAUUUUAUUUGAGUAGAAUUUUAGCAAAUCGUUAUGCUUUGAAUUCAAAAUUCUUAGGAAUGAGCCUGAUAAAUCUUACUUAAACAAUUGGAUGGUGAUGACUUUUUAUAAGAAAUUUAUGAGAUAAUCAUCUGAGCCAUAUUAUGACAAUUUUUAAUUAAGACCUCAAAUAUUUAAAAAAUAGACUUAAUUUGAAGCUGACAAAUUCAAAAUUUACACUUUCAACAAGUUUCUUUAAAAAUCAAAUGAAAUUUAAUAGUAGCAGUAAUAAGAUGAAUAGCAAAACUAGAUGCCUUAAAAAGAGAAUAAAAUAAUGGUAAGCCACUAAAAGACCUAGAGUGAGCAGAGAUCUAAAGUUCCACAAAAAAAUCCUACACAUUAAAGAUAAUUGGCUUAAUCAGCUAAAAGGCUUGAUAGAAACAAUAGAAGAGUAGAUAGCCUAAUGAACUAAAGCGAGCAAGACUCACUGCAAUAAAAUUCCACAAGUGCAGCAAAUUCUUAAAUUUCAAAUAGAAAAUCAUUAGAAAAAAGCAGAAAUCCUGGAGCAAUUUCCAGAAUAGCAAGAAGUAAUUCUCAAAAGGCUGUUAGCAGAGUCAAAGAAGUGGAAUCUGAUUUUGGGAUUAAAUAGGAACCUAAAACCCUUAAGAGGUCUGGAAGUGAGGUAAAAAUGAGCACAGAACAAGACUAGCACUCCAAUCAAAUAAACAAACUUAAAGGAAAAAUUAAAAUCAAAAGCUAGUCCUAGAAUUCUCUUUAGGAAAUUUCUUAAAGCGAGAAUUCUACUAAUAAGAACUCCUCUUUAAACGAUAAUAAUUAAUAGUCAGCAACAAACUUCAUCUAAAUGAUUGGAGGUGCUUCUUAAAGGUAGAAUUUGAACAUUGGUAGAUAUGUACCAACCUUGAAAAUGAUGAAUAUUCAAAGUAAUCAAUAACAUCAGAACUAGCAAUCUUAGAAUUUGUAAACUCCGCAAACAAAUAUCUAAAUCAAAUAAUCUCAAAUUUCUUCUAUUACUACUACUUCUCAAGUUUCUCCUUUUAUUAAGAAGGGAAACAUCAUGAGAUCAUCGAAUGAUAGAUAAAUAAAUAGUGUCUCAAGUUCAAAUUAAGUUUUUAGUCCUUGUAUGACUCUAGCUACUCCUUAAAAUAGAGAUUUUGACUUGAGGAGUUCUGCUAAAAGUUCAGUAUUAAGAGUUAAAGAUCACAAUAAGGCUGAUAAUUAAGAAAAUCCCUACUAAACAGAAGAGCCAUCAAGAAAUCCACUAACUUUUGUUAGGGGUUCCUUUACAGAAUUUUAAACGCCUAUCGUAGAUUCUAAAUUCAAUAAUCUCUAAAGCAAGGAUGUUAAGUUCUAAUCUGAAAUUUUCUAAUCUCAAGUAAAUACUUAAAUGAAUGAUGAAUUCAAUAUUCAAAAGAAAUUGAAAUUUGAGGAGUACAAGAAUGCUGAAAUAAACUAACAGAACGAUAAUCUGAUAUUUUAAAAUGAAGAUAUAGUUGAUUACAGCGAUGUAAUCGAGAAGACAAGAUCAUCUCCAACUACUAAAAAUAUUAUGAGAUCUCAAGCUAGAAGUAUUAAGGUUCUGUAGUAAUAGGUCAAUUAGCUUACUAAGAUUGUCCAAGAACUAACUACCAAAAGUGGAAAUGGAAACUCCUCAAAGAAUAGUAGCAGUAAUUCAAAUAGUGGUUACAGUAACUUAUUCUCAACAGGAGUUACCUAAAAAUCUAAAUCUAUAGAAAAAGAUGAAGGAGGCUUAAGUAAGGCAAACACUCUCGAUAAUAGAGUCCCUCCUAAAUCUGAUAUCAAUCAACCAUCAAACUAGAUAUAGUAAAAUCAAAUUUAAUAAUAACAACAAAACUAGUAAUAAUCUCCAGAAAAAUAAUAAAUAAAUGAGGAUAAAAUUAUAUAAGCGUUUGUAGACUUUUUAAGAUAAAGUCAGCAAACGAAUAAUGAAGUAAACUAAUUGUUUUCAAUAUAUGGAGGAAGUCAGGGUAAUAAUACUGAAAAUAGAAACAGUGUUGUAGGAGAUCCAAGAAAUCCUCAGCUUUCACAAUCGCAAUAAUUCAAUUUCGCAUCAGCAGCAAAAGGAGGCUCAAUUAAUAUAGCCCCUCCAAAGAUUUUAAGACCUAUGUCAGUGAGAUAGAAUUCAAAAGAGGAUAAAUAGCAGGCAACUCAAUUAAAUACUAACAAAAAUUCAUUUUCAGGAUUACUAAUGGGCGAUCAUGAACACUCACAGCAUAAUAUAAUCCUUGAUAAUUGCUAAGAGUCCCCAAUAAACCAUAAAAAUGCAACCACAUUUAUUGAUAAUCUAAAUAAUUCUCAAAAUUUCAGAGAAACUAGCAGUGGUAGUAUAAAAGAAGAGGAAAGUCAUUGCCUAAAGAAGCUGACUAGAGUGCUCUCAUAAAGAAUUGAGACUUAUGAAAAAUCUAAAGGAAGGAAAGCAAUACCACCACCUUUAAACUAUGUUUUAAAAUCUAAUCAAGUAUUUGAUAUGCAAACUAAACAAUAGGAUUAAGUCUAAGCGAGUUUAAAAUCUUCUGUUGGUCCUUAUCCCUUUAAUAACGCUGGAUUAGUAUUUGAAUUUGAAGAAAGCAUUGAUGAAGAAAGCAGCAUAGGUUCAAGAAUCAAUAAUCCAGCUUAACCUGUAAAUAAGUUUAAGAGGAAAAGUAAUGAAGGAGACCAAGCUGAUGAUGAAAAUGAAACCUAUAAAAGUAGUGAGAUUUCUCUCGCUUAAAAUAAGAAUAAAAUUCCUCGAAACCUUUGA